AUGGUUCGCUACGCCGCCGCCGCUGUUGCCACAAACCCGGAGAAGACCUCGCGCGCGCGCGGCGAGUACCUCCGCACCCACUUUAAAAACAUGCGCGAGGUCGCGGCCGCACUCACUGGCCUCAAGUUGACAAAGGCGUACACCUACCUUGGCAACGUCCUCACCCACGACCAGGUCAUUCCCUACCGGAGGUUCAAUGGUGGUGUCGGCCGUGCCAGCCAGGCGAAGGAGUUCAAGACCACCCAGGGUCGCUGGCCGGAAAAGUCGGUUAAGUUCAUCACGCGCCUUUUGAAGAACGCCGAGUCGAACGCGGACGCCAAGUCGCUCGACCUGGAGGACCUGACCAUCAAGACGAUCGUCGUCCAGCAGGCGCCCAAAACCCGCCGCCGCACCUACCGCGCCCACGGUCGCAUCAACCCCUACCAGGGCCACCCCUGCCACGUCGAGAUCAUCCUCGCCGCAGACGAGGAGCCCGUUGAGCGCGCAAAGGACAAGGACGCCGUCGCACCCGCCCUCACCGGCCUCAACCGCAGGCAGAUCGCCCGCAAGCGCAUCGAGGCCGCCCGCGCAUGA